AUGGCCGACCUAGGGAAGAAGUACUGCGUGAACUGCUUGGCAGAUGUUACGAAUUUGCGGAUUCGCUGUGCCGAAUGCCAGGAUAUUGAACUUUGUCCGGAGUGCUUCUCUGCAGGUGCCGAAAUCGGCAACCACAGGCGAUGGCACGGCUAUCAGCAAGUUGACGGCGGGCGCUUCUCGCUCUGGGGUCCCGAGGCAGAGGGAGGAUGGACCAGCAGGGAAGAGCAGUCGCUGCUCGAUGCCAUCGAGCAAUAUGGAUUUGGAAACUGGGAGGAUAUGGCAGCCCAUGUGGGUGCAUCACGCACCCCUCAGGAGGUCAUGGACCAUUAUGUGAGCAUGUAUAUCCAUGGGAAUCUGGGCAAAGCCUGCAUCCCUGACAGCAUCCCCAACCGCGUGACAGACCACACUUGUCCCAGCGGAGGUCCGCUGUCUCCUAGUUUGACUACCCCAUUGCCCCCAUUAGACAUAUCUGUGGCAGAGCAGCAGCAGCUGGGAUAUAUGCCGCUCCGUGAUGACUACGAGAUCGAAUAUGACCAAGAGGCAGAGAAACUCAUCAGUGGCCUGUCUGUAAACUAUGAUGAUGAAGAUAUCGAGAUUGAGAUGAAACGAGCCCAUGUGGACAUGUACGUGCGGAAGCUGCGUGAGCGACAGCGACGGAAAAACAUCGCUCGUGAUUACAAUUUAGUGCCAGCCUUUCUGGGACGGGACAAAAAGGAUAAAGAGCGAGAACGACCAGGUGGGGCAGGAGGGGUUGGGGGCGUAGGUGGAGCUGUAGGAUUGGGAAGUGGCACCACCAUCAUUCCGACAGGGUCGCUGGGCUCCUCUUCAGCAGCAACACCGAAACGCAAAAUCACCAAGGAAGAGAAAGAGCAACGGAUGAAACUGCGUGCACUCUGCCAGUUCAUGCCACAACGGGAAUUUGAAGAAUUCUUCGAUAACAUGCACAAAGAGCGCAUGCUACGGGCGAAAGUUCGCGAGCUUCAGCGUUAUCGGCGGAACGGCAUCACGAGACUCGACGAGUCGGCCGAGUAUGAGGCGGCACGUCACAAACGAGAAAAACGGAAAGAGAACAAAAGUAUUGCUGGGUCAAAGAGAGGCAGCAGUGGUGGAGGAGGAGCGACCGGGCUUGGAGGAGGAGUUGGAGCAGGAGGUGGGCUGGGCGGAGGUGGAGGAGUCAGUGCCAUCAAAGAGGAGGGGAAGGACAGUGAGUUCUCAGCCAUCGAGAACCUGUCUGGCUUUGAGCUGCUGUCCGAUCGGGAGAAGGUACUGUGCAACUCUAUGAACCUAAGUCCCACACGCUAUCUGACUGUCAAGACUAUCAUCAUCAAAGAUCACUUACAGAAAAGGCAGGGCAUUCCCUCGAGAAGAAGGCUGCCUAGCUAG